GAAGGAGUGGACAUCGAAACGUUGCUGCCAUCAUCAGUGGUGACUUCGGCCAACGUAACGCCCGAGAAAAACGCGCAAUCGUCGCAAGCUCAAGACAGCUCGAAAGAAAGUGCCGAUGAAGCGGACGCCGGCUCCGAGCCGCAACCAAUAGAAGAAUCUCCUUUGGAGGAAACAACGCCGAAAGAUCAGCAGGAUAAUAAAAUGCCAACUGAAACAGACGGAACUGAUGCUCCACCAAAGAAAAACACUAAACGUAGAGGUAAGCGAAAAACUGGCGAAAUUCUUCUGGAUCCAGAAGCCGUAAUGGAAAAGAAAAAUUUAAGAUCAAGCGCGAGUCGCUCGGCUGCGGCCGCUGCCGCGCGCCAACAACGAGAAGCCGAAAACGCACAAAAAGAAAGCGAAAAUACCUCUUAAAUGCUGUCCUACACCCAGAGGAGUAUUUGGUCAACUGUGAUAAAAAAUGAACACUGAACAAUGUGUUGAUGCAUAACAAACGUGCUGAGUUUUACGUGUACUGAUGCUUUUUUUGGACUGAUGAUCUAUUACGCUUCGUAUAUAAUGUAUUCCACGUAACUAAUUAGGCGUGUAUUCGGUUUAAGGUAAUUAGGCUUUAGGAAGUUUAACAGAAAAACAACUCGAAUUAUGUCAGUUGCAGUAUUUAGGUACAAAAACACACCCACUGCUAAGGCUUUACAACUACUAUUCGAUGGUUUUAGGAAUUUCAAUUAAUUAUUAAGGUGUUUACGAUGAAUCUUACGUGUACAUAAAUGUUCGGUUUAGUUUGAUCUAGAGCGUGAGCGUGUGUAAAUAAAUGUUUUUCUCAUUUCACUAGCUCUUUCCUUCGGUCGAUUCGUGUAUGUGUAUGUUACUUUUUAUUAUUCUUCUUUUUAUUUCGAUCUAUAAUUAAAUUUAAAAAACAGCGUGUUUUCUCGCUAAACAUUGAUGUGUAUUGUGGUAGCUCUCUCAUUUUAUUGUUAUCAACUACAUAUAAGUCAAUAAAAAACUACUCAAAACUCA